AUGGACCCAUUCCGCAACAACAACGCAGCAGUAUCCAUCGCAAAAGCCACCACACUCCACAACAUCGCAUCAUCAACACUAUCAUCCACACCGUUCAACACACUUCCUGCACACUCCUCAUCAUACCAAUCAUACCAAGAAGACAAUCAAGCACCCCCCGCCUACCACACCGUCGUAGACCCCAGCCUCCCCAUCCCCAACAUGACAAACCCGUACGACCCCCAAGAUGAAGACUGCGACGCUCAAGAAACGCCAGACGACACACCCGAAAUCACAAUCAACGCCGCAACCCAGAUCCGGGGCCACGGGAACAUCAUCUCCGUUGCACAGAUGGAUAGCGUGAGGAUAGCGAAUCUCAUUGCUACUGUACUUAGUGGUGAGGCUAUUGAGACGGGGAAGACGGGGGAGGAGGGUGAUGCGGCUGGCAGGCCGAUUACACCAGAGAGUCCGACGACGCAGGCGACGGCGACGGCGACGGCACGGGGGGAGUGUCAGAGGCGUGAAGCGGUACUCUAA